CCUGCGCGAUGGGCCAUGGCGCAUGCGUGGAGGCGGUUAGCCAGCCCCGCUGCGUUUCGGGAGGGAGGCGGUGGCGCCAUGGCGGCGCGCGGCGGGGUUCUAGGUUUGGUGCUGCUCUGCCUUUUGGCCUCGCCGUUCCCCGAUGUCGCCUGCGCCUCGGAAGCGGUCGGGACAGCGGAAUCGCCGGGCAGCGCGGGCCCAGGGGAGCGGUUUAAGAUCGAGGGCCGGGCCGUGGUGCCGGGGGUGAAGCCACAGGACUGGAUCGCGGGGGCCCGGGUGCUGGUGGACGGGGAGGAGCACGUCGGCUUCCUCAAGACAGAUGGAAGUUUUGUGGUUCAUGAUGUACCAUCAGGAUCUUAUGUAGUGGAAGUUAUAUCCCCUGCUCAUAAAUUUGAGCCCGUGCGAGUUGACAUAACUUCAAAAGGCAAAAUGAGAGCAAGAUAUGUGAAUUACAUCAAAACCUCUGAAGUUGUCAGGCUGCCAUACCCACUCCAAAUGAAGUCUUCUGGACCUCCUUCAUACUUCAUAAAGAGAGAAUCUUGGGGAUGGACAGAUUUCCUCAUGAACCCUAUGGUGAUGAUGAUGGUUCUUCCAUUACUGAUAUUUGUGCUUUUGCCUAAAGUUGUCAACACCAGUGAUCCUGAUAUGAGACGGGAAAUGGAGCAAUCUAUGAACAUGCUGAAUUCUAACCAUGAGCUGCCAGAUGUCUCUGAAUUCAUGACAAGACUUUUCUCUUCAAAAUCCUCCAGCAAGUCUGGUAGUAGCGGCAGUAAAUCAGGGAAAAAUAGUUCUGGAAAAAGGAGGUAGUUAAGUCUUCCUCCUAAACAUGAGUUUGCACAACUGUUUGUUAUGUGGUAUCAUAUUUAUUUGUCUUGAAAGAUCAAAAAGCCACUACUGUAAACUUUAAGCCAGGCACAAAAUACAGUAUCCUACAACUGUGCUGUGUAGUUUUUUUAGUCUAUAUAAGCUGUUUUGUACUUGACAGUAAGCAAAAGAGGAUGUGGCUUCAAUACUGUAUCUGUAUAAAGUUAUUGAUAAUAUUGAAUUAACUAUAUUGUUCUGUAGAGAAUUACUAUAAAUUAGUAAGAUGUACUAAACAUAAAGGAAGAAUGGAGAAUUCGAGCCAUUAAAAGAAUUGUAAGGAUCCUAAUAAAACUUUGGAAGGAGCAUAUGAAGUAUCUGCACUUCUGUUUCUCUUUGAGCAGAUAUCCUAGGCAAUUUCUUUGUGCAUCAGAUGCAGUUGCGGUGUACUGUUCCCCUGCAUUCCUGAACAGGAAACUCUGCCCCACCCCUAGAAAUCUGUUAUCUGAACAAUCCAAGCCCAAAAAUCUUGCUACCUAAUGAUACUCCCUCAAUUGUGUAUGUUGUUAUUCUCCUUUUCAGACCUGGUAAGUGUGAUAAAGUGAUUUGUAUGAAUGUAUUGGUCUGCUGCUGAAUUAAUGCUAGUUGCAAUGAUACCAGCUUCAGGAUUUUUGUUGGUUUGGUUUUGUUUUAUUAAAUUUAUUUAUUUUUAAAAAUUAAUUUAGAGCUGCAAUCUGUGUGUCAAGUGAGUAAAGUGGUUCUAGACAGACUUAAAGUUGUAAUGUGGUCAUGGACUAUCAUAAAUGCCACUAGGCAAAGCUUAUUUGUUAGCUUUUCUAUUGCAGUUAACUGCUGUAAUGCAAAGUUGUUUUCCUGCAGAAGGUAAAUGUUCACUAUAGUUCAUUUGUACUUCUUUGUCCUUAUUUACAGAUUUUUAGUAAUCUUUCUUCUUGUGUUAGAUCUGCCUCCAUUUCCCCCCAAAAAACAGCUGCCUUGUAGCGAAGCAGCUGAUACCUCAGAACAGAAAUGGGUCAUCCUGCCUUCUGCCUACAAGUUAUGGUACGCCUCAGGCUUUGCAGUUCAUUGGCUUAACAAGAGAGAUUUGUUCAACUUUUUGCUGUAUUUCUGUUGGGGAGUUAAAUCAGUUCUCAAAAAGAUCAAAUUUUGGGGAGUUAAAUCAGCUCCCAGAAGGAUCAAAGAAAUACCAGAGCCGGCAGAAAACAAGUACUAGAGGCAUGCAGUCAGAAGCAGGAACUCCUCUCUGUUUCUAUCAGUGAGUGAGAGUAAUACAUCAGCUCACUGCAUCUUAAAGAUUUGUAGCCCAAGAGCUUGUUUGGCUGUGUCCUGAAUGAGUGGACAACUCCCAAGUUUGUGAUAGGCUGUGUAGAAGGGAGAGGAGACAUAUUUUACUGAAGUGUUUCAACUAUUAGUCAUUUAAGAUGGCCUGGGGGGUGUUCAGAACACUGAAGUAAUUUUAUCGAUUGCUUCAUCAAAGGUCUUCCAUUCUUCACAUGUAAAGAAGAUACUUGUUUAAGGAUAUCUCUCUGUUUUAAACAAACUAUUUGUUGGUGCUCCAUAUCUUUUUUUAAUGAAUGGAAUGAUAAUGGCUCUGUAAAUGGGGUGUGUAUUACUUCACAGAGAAAGGUUGGCUUGUGGUUAAGGUUAGAUUUGCGGAGGGGACUUUAAACUCUCAAGUGCUUUGGGUUCUGAUACAACUGUUGUGCUCUGCACAAAUCAUUUAUGAUUUGUUUCAAUUUCUUGUGUAUGAAGUAAUGAGAAGCUUUUCUAACAAACGUAAUUAUAAGGAUAAAUUUAAUAAUGAAUAUCGGCUACUCAAAUAGUAUGGCUGUGAGCUUACUGAAGAAAAUCCAGUAUGUAAUCUUCUUAAAGAACAACUUUGUUAAGCAUUUAUAUGUAGUUUUUCAUACAUAGUUAUUGAAGAAACCCUUUUAAGUAACCACACAUCAAUAUUUCCAAAGGUAGCUAGGCAAUUUAGUGAAACUUUUAAAUUACCAAAAUCCAUUUAAGCAUCUCCACUUAGGUGUUAAUGGACCUUUAAUUGCAUAAAGCUUGUGUGUGAUCAGUAGCUUAAAGAGGGCAAAGUUUGGUUUACAGUCUUAUAAAAGGACUGGGCUUUUUCAGGCUAACAGUGAGUGCAGUACCUUAAGGUACUGAAAAGGUUUAACUUCCGUUUUUAAGAUGUCUGACCUUAAUCUUUCGGCUAUUGAUAGUAAAUAGUGAAUUUGUGUCCAUGUGAUUUUUUUUGUUUCAUUUGAAACCUGUUUCUUUUAGGAAAAUAACCAAUAUGAAAUAUAAUAAUAGUAAAUCCUUAGUGGCAAUGCAUACUUUUCCAUUCUGAUGUGUCAGAAUGAAAUACGGAUAUAUAUGGCUAUGUAUUAUGCUUAUUUAAUGAACUGAAGGAGAAUAGAAGUGUUUACAUAUACUGUUGAUGGGCUGAGGAAUACAGAAAGAGUUCAAAAUUUUGAACUUCAAAUCAAUGGAGGAACCCAUUUACUGAAGAAAGUAUGUUGAAAGGUGAAAAAUGUAUGUACGCACUUUUUGCACCUUCGUGAGCAGGAAAAGUGUGAGAUACACCUGUGGUGCACAAGGCAUUGGGAAGAUGCCUUUCUCCAAAGACUGGUUACUAAACAGGUAAUCCAGCUUGCCUGGGACUUCUGUGCAUGCUGUACUUUCCGAAACAGUGCAUAGAUGCUGUGUUUCAGGAGUUUCUUGCCUGUGCUGACUUUCCUACCAUAUCCAGAAAUUAUUGGGAGUGGAGGGACUUGUUAUUUGGCAUAUUCAAAAGUAUAUUGACAGCUUUUGCACAGGCUUAAUAGUAUGAAUCGGCAGAUUCCCAUGCCUACGUAUGUUCUCUGGCAGUGUUUUAUUUAGUAAGAUACUUGAAAUUACAGAUUAUUGAAAGGAGAAAAAUUUGGAGCAAGACCCCAAAGGUAAUGUAAGAACAUGAAGAAAACUGCAGAAAUUUUAAAGACUGCUGACACAGCAGAUUUGAUCCAAAUAUUAAGAUUUGAAAAAAAAAAAAAAACUUUGAAAAAAAAUUGUGGAUGAAAAAUGUUUUUGUGAUAUUCUGUAUCUAUAGACAUUCUCUUCUAGGCAAUUGUAACAUUGGCAGUAGAGCUAGCAUAUACAGACAAAUGAUUAUCAUUAUUGCUAGCUAAUGAACGUGCCUGGCCACUUCAUGACUCAUUUAUGUCUGUCUUUCGUAACUGUAGUCACAGCUGUUAGGAGAGCACAGAGAGAGCAGUGCAGAGUACAGGGGAAGCGAUUCUCCCCCUGUACUCUGCACUGGUGAGGCUGCACUUGGAAUACUAUGUUCAGUUUUGGACCCCUCACUAUGAGAAACACAUUGAGGUACUGGAGUGUGUCCAGAGAAGCGCGACAAAAGUGGUGAUGGGCCUGGAAAACAAGUCUUAGGAGGAGCAACUGACAGACCUGGGGCUGUUUAGCCUGGAGAAGAUGAGGCUGAGGGAGACCUUAUUACUCUCUACAACUACCUAGAAGGAGGUUGCAGAGAGGUGGGUGUUGAUCUCUUCUCCCAAGUGAUAGGUGAUAGGACAAGAGGAAAUGGCAUCAGGCUGUGUCAGGGGAAGUUUAGAUUGGACAUUAGGAAAAAUUUUUUCACAGAAGGGGUUAUCAAGCAGUGGCACAGGCUGUCCAGAGAGGUGGUUGAGUGACCAAUCCCUAGAAGUGUUUAAAAAGCGGGUAGAUGAGAUGCUUGAGUACAUGAUUUAGUAGUAGACAGGUAUGGUUGGAGUUGAUCUCUAAGGUCUUUUCCAACCUAAUGAUUCUAUGAUUGUGUGACUUGGAUAUUUGGCUAUUACCUAUGUGAGUGAAGAAAAAGCAGUGAUCCCGUGUUUCUUUCCAGCUGGGCAAAAUCCAUACUAUACCAUCCAAGAGAUUAAGCUUAUCAAUUUUUUCCUUAGUCGCUACAUAAAAAUGUAAGGCUUUUCCCUAAUUGGUGUAAUCUAGCCACCAAACAACCCACCUUUCCCCUGCUAUUAGCGUAGGCUUCACUCAGUGUGAUAGUCUACCAACGGACUAACUAUACAAAACAUGUUAUUACACUUUAAGUGCCAAAAAGUAAGCAGUAUUCAUUGUCAAAAAAAAAAAUAAAUUAAAAUCUACUGCUUUCAUCAUUUCAGUGUUUCUAAGGACAGGAUCUUAUAUUGUAAUUAUUAUUUUGAACUUGAUAUGGUGUGUAAAAUCUGAUGAUUCAGACCAUAAAAUAAUACAACAUUUGUGGAACCUUUAGUCACAAAGUUGUCAGUGGGAAGACUAUUGAGUUUUAAUCUGUUUUCAGUUGAAGUUAGUGAAAGCUUCUUGAGGUCACAAAUAGGUUGAUUUUUGUUACUGUUAUUUAUGUUGUUCCAAAAUCCAUUCAAGAUUAUGAAUCCUCUGACAUAGUAAAUAUUGAUUCUUCAGGAAAACCUGUCAUUUCUGAAAUUACAAAGCUAUUCCUUCAAUUUAUGCUGGCAAUCAACCCUGUAUAAUACUUUGUUUCCAAUAAGGUUAUGGAGAUUUAAUGACAAUAUAAAUUUCUGUGCAAAUGGAACUUUGCUCUUUUAUUGAUGAUGCACAAAAACAGAUUACUGGUGAGCUCAUUUUUAUUAUGUAUUUGGUUCUGCAUGGCUGAUAGGAAUGAAAAUUAAUUAAAGGCUGUCAUUCAGACAAGGUCAGAUGGUAGUGCGUGUACAAAAGGAAGAAACUCUUUCAUGGCAUUUUUUGACUAACAGUGAAUUUUGAACUCAUUUUUUAAAGCUCAAUACAGACAUCAAAAAGUAAUGUGAAACUGAUUUGAAAACGGAGCAAGUAAAAAAGUAAAAAUGUUUUUAAAUCAAUAUAUUCUAUUUGAAAUAUUAAAACGUUCUUCUCAGAAGCAGUCUGGAUUCUUUUAGGAUCUGGUUCACACUUGCUGCCUGUAUGCGCAGGUGUAUCAUUUUCCUUUGUGUUUCAGAAUGCCAAGCUCAUAGUCUGGUGUGCAGAGCACAGGGCUGCAGUUCACUGUGCAGAUGCAAGGAGAAUCCGGUAAUAUACUUAGAAUAAUACUUACCAUUCCUGUGAUAAGAACAGAAUAGAACUUUGAACUUAUUUUUGGGAAUGAGGAGGAGUGUUUCUUCUACCAGUUGAUUUUUUCAACCAUCCAUGGAUGUCGUUCAUACUGCUUCAUAUUGGCAGUUAGGAAAUGUGUAAGCUCUAUUAAUAAAGAUUUAAUUUCUUUACUGUGGUAGAGAACACUCCAAGGGGAGAGAGUAUCUAAAGAAAUAGGAGAUAAAGGUUAAGCCUCCUAAUGAACUCUUAAUUUUGCAGUGCUAAACGUUAUUUUUUACAAAGAGCAGGAGCUCAGAUGAGAGAUGGAGUAGUUACUAGAAGACAGGCCCAUAGUGGAAUAUGUGUAGCAUCCAUCAUGAUAUUUACCAAAACUGAUGAGUAUUAAACCAUGGUAUUUAUUCUUAAUGGAUAUAUGAUUAAAGGAUCCAGGUUGUCCUUUAUGAAAUCAUACUUCUACCUAUAGCUUUGUAAGGGUCCCUCACAUGGUAGGCAUGUGAAUCUCUGGACAGUUGGUAGAGACACCUUGAGGAAACCUUGUUUUGUAAUCCUCUGAUUUUUUUUUUAUUUGAAUUAUAAUGUUGAUACUCUUUGUUUUGGUUUGCUUUCCUGCUAAUUCUGUUCACAUCACAUUUACACAGAGUUUUUUCCACUUCUGUUUGUCCUUUGUUUUUAAGAAGACUACAAGGUUCUUGUUGAAAGCACAGUAGCAAAAUCUAUUCAGCUGGUGCUAGCAAAUAUAAUUGUAUGCACCACUUGUGCUUUAGUGGUAGCAAGCAAGUAUUCUCUCACCAGGUAGCUAGCUAAUGGUGGAGAGGUCAUUUGUCCUGGAGAGAUCUGAUGAAAUAGCUGUGCUUUCUAGUGAUGUUUCAAGGUUAUUUUAUUACAGAAUUUUUUUCAAGCCCUUCGAGUGUACCCUGAGGCAAGUACACUUAAAACUAAAGGUUGUACAGUCGGCCACAGUUCAUUGAAAAUACGUGAGUUUAACGAAACACGCUGUUCACAAUUUUUCCUUUGGGUGGGAAAAAAAAAAAUGAAGAAAAUGUCCAGAGGGCCUGGGUAGCUCCUUGUGAAAAAUGUCGACUUUAUUCGCAGUACCCAGCACUGAAAGACACCCAUCACACAGGAAAGAAACACACCUGAAGAAUUCUGCCUCUUUCAAUAAAUAUGUAUUACAAAACAGCUGCUUGCUCUCCUGUAGCUGUUUGUCCAUCUUUUAUAUAUGAUGGCCUAAACUUGCCCUCUGAAGCUCAUUAAGGGCCUUUAUAGCUUUGCAGUGUCUUGUUAGCCUUUUUUAUCUUUUUUACAUUGUUCAAAUUUGAUAGCCUUUUUUUAACUACAUGAAAUUCCACUUUCUGUAAUGUGCUUCUUUGUGAGAAUUGAUUAUGGCUAUAAAGACUUAAAUUUCUAACUUGAUUUAAGCACUGUUGGGUUUUUCUUUAAAUGGCACUCAGCAUUUCCUACUCUCUCUUCAUGUAUUUUCAAUACUUUUUAUAUAGUUUGUUUAUGUACUUUUACUGCCGAGUAAUUUUUUUAUGUUCCAAGAUAGGAAUUUGAAUAAGCAGGUAUUUAUGCAAUAACAACAUGUGUUACUGAGACUAUUAAUACAGUUUAUCAGCAGAAUUCCAGACAAUGAAAUGGGCUCUGCUGUGUUUGAUAUUUUUAGUAGUGCUUCCUUGCUUCAGUUAGCUCCUUUAUGAGCAAAAUAUGGACCAAAAUUACCAGUGCAGCCAGGUUAUA